CCAAAUCAAUUCAAACCCAAACAAUUCAAAAUGUUUAAAUUCAUUGCCUUCUUCGCCUGCGUUGCUGUGGCCGCUGCUGCUCCUGGUCUGCUCGCUCAGACACACACCAUUGUCCAGCCUGUGCUGACCAAGACUGCCUAUGUGGAUACCAGUGCAUCCUCGGCUAUUACUCAUCAGAGUAAUGUGAACCUGGUGCGCAAGGUUCCAGUGGUGCAGACUUAUGCUGCUGCUCCCGUCGUCCACGCCGCUCCCGUCGUACACGCUGCUCCUGUUGUCCACGCCGCUCCCGUUGUCCAUACCGCUCCUGUUCUCCACGCCGCUCCUGUCGUCCACGCUGCUCCCCUCGUCCAUGCUGCUGCUCCAGUUCUGACCUACUCCGCUGCUCCUGUGGUACACUCUGUGCCCGUCGUGCACUCCGCUCCCCUGGUAAAAACUGUUCUCAGCGCUCCAGUUGCCUACACCGCCAUCCACCAUAAGUAA